CGCGCUACUUCCUUUUCGGUGUCGUCUUCCGGUCUGGCCAGUUUGUGCGUCUCUUGUGAGUCUACAGCCACAGCAGCGCUGACCGUCGUUUCUGUAUGUCUCCCUCAUACUUUGCUACGCUUGCCCACUCGACUAGAGGGCCUUCAGGGGAUCGUAGCAUUUGCAUGCGCGAAACCCGGCUCAACUUGGGCCAGUUGCUUGUCAUGA